UGUACCUCCUAAACUUGUAAUUUCUCAACCCAAACCCAAGUUAGCAAAUUAGCAAAGUACACUUUCAAAGUUCAAAAGAUAUUUGUCCUCUCAAGCUUAAGUGGGGGCAAAAAACUCCCGGCAAGCUUAACGCCAACCAUGUUAUCCAUUCCUUCAUUACUCUCUCCUUCAAAUUCACCCCUUUCUUCAUCUUCAACAAUACCCUGUUUUCUCUCUCCUCAAAACCACUCAAAUCUCCGCUUACCCACGGUUUCCUGCUCCAAUCAAACCCAGAAAACCACCUUCAUUUGCAAAAACCAGAAAUGGGUUCCCGCUUUGUUAAGCGCUGGUGUUGCUCUUGCUUUGGUGGGUCCCGCCAUUGCCGCCGAUUCAUCGCCGCCAUUGUUAUCAUCAAUUGGGCUUCAUGAACCUUCCAAUGCUCUCUCUCUCCCCACCUGGGCUGUCCACGUUUCCAGUGUUGCUGAAUGGGUGAUAGCAAUGGCUUUGGUGUGGCAAUAUGGGGAUAAACCUGGAAAUGAAUCUUGGAAGGGUCUCUCUUGGGGAAUGGUACCCUUACUUGGCGGGGCAAUGUGUGCAUGUACAUGGCAUUUCUUUUACAAUGCUGAGUCACUUGAGGUACUGGUGGCACUUCAAGCUGCUUUGACAGUUUGUGGCAAUGCCACUAUGUGUAUUGCUGCCUACCGCAUAUACAAGUCACAGAAUCGCCCAGAAAAUUUAUAAGAUACUUCAACAGAAAUAACAUUUAAAUAUGUCCUGCAAGAAUUGAAUUUGAGGUAUUUUUCUCUCAUAUCAAUUAAACUGGCUCUUCCUGUAAUAUAAUUCUCCUCUUUCCAUUGUGCUGUAUUUAUAUUUUUAUGGAGCUGAAAAUGACAUUCUUGUUCCCUUUAUCAAUGGUAGUAGUUAAUUUAGAAGUAGGAAUGGAUGCAAUUGAGAAUUUUACACAUUUGUGUAAUUUCAUAUUGAACUAGUCUAGUAACAGGCUUUUCUUUUCUUAAUGUUUACAUAUGUAAUUAUAUUUA